AUGAGAGGAAACAAAAUAUCAAUUUUGUCACAACGCUCAUUGUUAUUAACAAUGAUAAUUGCUACAAUGGUAAAAUCAGUUCCACUUAACUAUGGUGAUGCAUUAACAAAAAGCAUUUUGUUUUUUGAAGGCCAAAGGUCAGGAUAUUUGCCAGCUUCUCAACGUAUGACAUGGAGAAAAAACUCUGCCCUCAAUGAUGGAUCUGAUAUUAAUAUGCGUAUGGAUGGUGGAUACUACGAUGCUGGUGAUAAUGUAAAGUUCCAUUUCCCUAUGGCAUUUACGACAACCAUGCUAGCUUGGAGUGUUAUAGAAUUUGGAGAUCUCAUGGGUCCAGAUUUGCAACAUGCAUUCGAAGCAAUCCGUUGGGGAACUGAUUAUUUCCUAAAAGCAACAAUUUAUCCUAAUGUUGUUAUAGCACAAAUUGGAGAUCCCAAUAGCGACCACAGUUGUUGGGAAAGACCAGAAGACAUGGACACUUCCAGAAAAACAUAUGUUGUCACUACUACUAAGCCUGGUUCGGAGGUUUCGGCCGAGAUUGCGGCUGCUCUUGCUGCAUCAUCCAUUGCAUUAAGCAAAAAUGAUGGUAGAUACUCUAGAAAUCUUCUUCUUAGGGCUAAACAGGUAUUUGACUUUGCAAAUAAUCACCGUGGAAGUUAUAAUGAUUCUAUAGGUGAUGGAGUAUGCCCCUUCUAUUGUGAUUUCAAUGGCUACAUGGAUGAGCUGGUUUGGGGUGCUGCAUGGUUGUAUAAGGCUUCUAAUGAUAUAACUUAUUGGAACUUUGUAAAAUCAAAUAUACAAUCCUUAGGACCCUUAACUGAGUUCGGAUGGGAUGCAAAGCAUGCUGGAAUUAAUGUACUUAUUUCUGAGCGGGUGAUGAACGAUCCAUCAAAUCAAAAUCCUUUCAUUUCCAAUGCAGACAAUCUUAUAUGUUCAUUAUUGCCUAAUUCACCAACCAAAGCAGUCACAUAUUCUAAAGGUGGGCUUCUAUUCAAACUUGGACCAAGUAAUUUGCAACAUGUAACAUCCUAUUCUUUUCUGUUAAUUGUAUAUGCACGUUACAUGCAAGUUAACCAUAAAACAGUCAAUUGUGGCAAUGUUGUUGCCAAACCAGCUGACCUCGUUAAUCUUGCAAAAACUCAGGUGGACUAUGUUCUAGGAAACAAUCCUUUAAGAAUGUCAUACAUGGUAGGAUAUGGACAGAAAUUCCCUCAAAAGAUACACCAUCGUGCUUCAACAAUGCCAUCAAUAGAUGUGUACCCAAAACAUAUAAAGUGUCGUGAUGGAGACAAGUAUUUUGAGUCACAAUCACCAAAUAUCAAUCUACUAACUGGUGCAAUUGUUGGAGGACCAGCAGAGGACGACUCUUAUCAAGAUUCGCGUUUUAAUGUUACUCAAUCAGAGCCAACUACAUAUAUCAAUGCUCCUUUUGUUGGAGUUUUGGCUUACUUCAAACAACGUAAUCCAUAA